AUGGGAGCGAGCGGCGAGACGGGUCCCGUCGCGGACGCGGUGUCGAUACCCAUACUCAUGACCAUGAGCGGGUUCAUCGCCGUCGCGUGCUACAACAGCAUCGAGCAGUUCUUCAUCAUCUUCCGGACCUUCCGGCGCCGCAGCGGGCUCUACUUCUGGUCCAUGAUCGCCGUGGCCUUUGGCAUCCCCUUCCACGUGCUGCCCAACAUCCUCCGCUUCUUCGGCACCGUGCCCAACGGCAACCUGGCCAUGAGCGCGCUGCUCUCCGUCGGGUGGUGGCUCAUGGUCACCGGCCAGUCGGUCGUCCUGUACUCGCGCCUCAACCUGGUCGUCGCCAGCCACUGGAAGCUGCACGGCGUGCUUGGCAUGAUCGCCUUUGUCUUUGUCGGCGUCCAGCUCCCCACGACCGCAUUCUUCCUCGCCUGCAACUGGCCCGACCCGGUUAUAGCCCUCAGGUACAGCAACGUCUACGCGAAGUUUGAGGCGACCCAGCUUGUCGUGAUCACAGCCCUGGAGACCUUCAUCUCGAGUCUAUACGUCUACGAAGCGUCACACGGCCUGAAGCGGUUGGCGGCCUUGAAGAAAGACCACGUAAAGACCGUGUUCCGAGAGCUGGUUGGUCUCCUUGUCCUGGUGGUCUCCUUGGAUAUGACCCUCAUAGUCCUCCAAUUCACGAAUAACUACCUGAUCCAAGCGACGUGGAAGCCCGUCGUCUAUAGCGUGAAGCUCAAGGUGGAAACAUUGGUGCUGAACAACCUGGUCAACCUUGUCCAGUCGCGGUCAUGUCUCUGCCUCGACUUCGUUGAGGAAAACUUUUCGACUCGAACCAGCAACUGGCCCAAGAUCCAAGAGGGGCGCAUAGCCUACCAGAACUUUUCGAGGAACAGCGUAGCGAGAAGGGGUCAGUUUCACGCAACGAUAUGA